AUGGCCUCUCCAAAAAUGACUUCCGAUGAGGAUGCCCUGUUGAUGGACUUAACAAAUGGCAUCGUCGGAUGGGAAGAUCAUCAAGACCCGGCAAACCCAAGAAACUAUGCUCAGUCUCGAAAAUGGUUUCUCCUGGCGCUUGUCAGUAUUGUCACGUUGAUCAGCCCAUUUGCAUCCUCUGUCUUCGCUCCGGCAGCCCCCUACGCUGCCACAGAAUUUCACGAGACUUCAGCAAUUCUAACUACUUUAAUGUGCACAAGUUACUUAUUUGGUUACACUGUGGGUCCACUAUUCCUAUCACCAUUGAGUGAGCUUUACGGCCGUCAAAUUGUGCUCAGCUCCGCGACAACCUUUUUUGUCAUGUUCCAAAUCGGCUGUGCUCUCGCACCUAAUACCACGUCUUUGAUUGUCUUCAGAGCCUUGACUGGCACCGGUGGCUCUGCCUGCCUGACAACUGGAGCUGGAGUGGUCGCCGACUUAUUUGCGCCGCAUGAACGUGGACUGGCGAUGUCGAUUUUUGGCUUCGGGCCACUUUUGGGACCUGUUCUGGGGCCUAUCUGCGGUGGAUUUAUUGCACAAGGAGCUGGAUGGAGAUGGGUCUUUUGGGUUCUUGCCAUCUCAAGUGGCGCAUUAACCACAUUCGUCAUAAUAUUUAAUCGGGAAACGAACCCUGUGAUCCUCAUUGAGCGCAAGACAGCAAAGUUCCGUGUUGAGCUUGGCAAACCCGACCUCCAAAGCUGCUACGAGAGGAAUCAAACAAAUAAUCAAGCCAGCAAGACUAGUGUCUUUGUACACCGACUGACAACUCCACUACGUCUUCUCUUCCACUCUUCAAUCGUCUCGAUUAUCGCAAUAUACAUCGCAUUGGCGUACGGAUGUCUAUAUCUCCUUUUCACAACCGUCACCGACGUCUUUCAGAAUACCUAUCACUGGGGCGUCGGAAUCAGUGGACUAGCAUACAUAGGUCUAGGCCUGGGCUUCCUAGUCGGACAGGUUGUCUUCGGUCUAAUCAGCGACAAGAUCACCAUUCGAAUGACCAAGCAAAACAACGGAGUUUUCGAACCAGAAAUGCGUCUCCCACUUGCUAUUUUCUACGCACUCUUUAUCCCGAUUUCAUUCUUCUGGUACGGCUGGUCAGCAGAGGCUGCGACACACUGGAUCGUCCCUAUAGUUGGUCUCUUUCCGUUUGGUUUUGGCACGAUCGGCAUCUUCGCAACCCUACAGACUUACGUUGUUGAUUCUUAUACCCUAUAUGCGGCAUCGGGAAUUGCAGCUAUCACAGUUACACGAUCCCUUUUUGGAGCACUGCUACCAUUGGCGGGUCCAUAUAUGUAUGAUGCUCUUGGUUAUGGCUGGGGUAAUUCGCUUUUGGGAUUCCUCACGCUGGCUAUGCUGCCGAUGCCGUUCGUCUUCCGUCGGUAUGGUCGGACUCUCCGGGAACGGAGCUUGCAGCAUUUCAAGUGA